UGAUGGACGGAAAGAUUUCUCCUAUCCUACUGGAAAAAGGCGAAAUAAUUGAUUGUUAUCUGCCGCAGUUUUUACCUUUGGAAUAUUACGACGGGACAGAGAUUCGUCCAAUACCAACCCGUAUGACAGAACUGGGAUGA